UACACAUACGCAGCGAAUGACCAGGGAGCUUGCUAAGGACGUAGCGUAGCCGGGCCACCAAAACGAACAAAAUAGCGAGAGGUUUUCCCGACGAAUUUUAAAGCUGUUCGGCUUAUUAGCUGACGGCAAACCAGGCAUGGACGACAAGUCUUUUACCAAGGAGCUGGACGGAUGGAUUGAACAACUCAAUGAGUGCAGACAGCUUACAGAGAAUCAGGUUAAAGUCCUGUGUGAAAAGGCUAAGGAGAUCCUCACCAAGGAGUCCAAUGUGCAGGAAGUGAGAUGUCCGGUAACAGUCUGCGGAGAUGUCCAUGGUCAGUUUCAUGACCUUAUGGAGCUGUUUAAGAUUGGGGGGAAGUCUCCAGACACUAAUUACCUCUUCAUGGGAGACUAUGUUGACAGAGGCUACUAUUCUGUGGAGACAGUUACACUGCUGGUCUCUCUUAAGGUACGGUUCCGUGAAAGAAUCACGAUCCUCAGAGGGAACCAUGAAAGCAGACAGAUCACACAAGUGUACGGCUUCUACGACGAGUGCUUAAGGAAAUAUGGAAAUGCCAAUGUUUGGAAAUACUUCACAGAUCUGUUUGACUAUCUGCCUCUAACUGCACUGGUAGAUAACCAGAUUUUCUGCCUCCAUGGAGGAUUGUCCCCUUCAAUAGACACACUGGAACACAUCAGAGCGCUGGAUCGCCUGCAAGAGGUUCCUCAUGAGGGUCCAAUGUGUGACUUGUUAUGGUCAGACCCAGAUGAUCGUGGUGGCUGGGGAAUAUCCCCCCGUGGUGCUGGUUACACCUUUGGGCAAGACAUUUCAGAGACUUUCAACCAUGCAAAUGGCCUAACUUUGGUUUCAAGAGCCCACCAGCUGGUGAUGGAGGGUUAUAAUUGGUGCCAUGACCGCAAUGUAGUGACGAUCUUCAGCGCACCAAACUAUUGUUAUCGUUGUGGAAACCAAGCAGCAAUCAUGGAACUUGAUGAUACAUUGAAAUACUCUUUCCUACAGUUCGAUCCUGCACCACGCAGAGGAGAGCCGCAUGUUACACGGCGUACACCGGACUAUUUCCUGUAAAGAUCACAGGAUGAUGGCAUUAAAGGCUGAACCUUAAAAAAAGAGUCAUUCAUAACCUUAUGGACCAAAAAAGUGUGCCAUAAUCACAAUGAAAUGGAAACGAUCUCAUCUAGCUAAAGACCACUAUUCUUUCAACCUUUCCUCUCUGUGCAUGAUGUUUUUAUUGCUAUAAUGAUUGCUACAAUGAACUGUACCGUCACAAUACCUGCUGGUUUGUCAGGAAACAUGAAUGAACUAAUGCUCAAAAUAAUGGCAAAAUCUUUUCUGUGAGGGUGUUGAUAACAACCAGAGUGUGUUUCCAUGUACAGUAUCUGUCUGCAUCUUUCACUUGGCAUGGCCUCUACUCAAAGGUUGCAGUACUUUUAUGUGAACUAUUUUCUUUUUGUAACCGAAGUGCAACCGUUUAAUUUGUGCAUAUAUAUUAUAGAGGUAGACUUCAGAGAUAAUCUGUUCUAUCUGCACUUUUGUAUUUGGUUUUUAUCACACAGCACUGACAGACUAAGUUUUUUUAUACCCUGUUAUGGUGUAAGUAGCUCUCUUUCUGCUCUGCAGCCUCUUAUGGGAUUAAAUGUAAUUCAUUUAAAUGGGCAAUAUUGGUACAAUCACGUUGGUUGUAAAAUAUAGUAAUAUCAACUUGCUGUUUUCCAGUCACAGCUAUACAAAAUAAAGACAAGGAGCUUGGUCAUUUAUUUUCCUCUAGGUAUGGUUUGUGGCAUAAUUCCCUCUUGCCAACCACCACUAGAUGGAAACGGACGCCCAAAUCCUAGUAAUUACUAGUCUGUGAAUGUGUGCAGGAAGUUGGUAAAUCUUACUAUGUUUGUUGUUUUUAUUAAUUUAAAUGCAUUGAUUUAUCAUAAAUUUGAAAACAGGGAAGGGCCAAGCCACUAAAGUGAAAUAAUUUUGCUGUUAACUGUUAUGUUUUGUUUAUAUUUUUGUAUGCUUUUAUAUAUUUAUUUUGCAUGAGCCAAAGAAUGCUUCUUUUAUUUUUAACAAAACUCUUGAUAUCAGUGCCCCUUAUAGUAUUAAAAGAGUGUACACAAAAUGUAUGUGUAUGGAAAUCCAAAGUUUUACCAGUUAUUAAUGAUUUACUACCUUUGAAUCAAGUUAAAGAAAAUAUAGGAGCAUUAACGGAUGUACUACAAAAAAUAAAAGUCUUAUUUAAAGUUCGUUGUGAAAUAAAACCUUCUG